GCCGCCUGUCUCCUCCUCGUUCUCUCAGCCCGUUCGGCGCAAUGCCACCGCCGGCGCCGCUCUUCCUCUCGCUCGCCUCCACGCCACCGCCUGCGCUUAUGCCCGUACACCACCCCAGGGCCCCGCAAUCCCUAACCCUAGUCCCUCCGGUUGCCUCCUCCAGAAAGGCCGCCGCCGUUCCCGCGUGCCCCGUCGCCUCCCCGCGUCACUCCGACUACUUCGAUCCGCGGGCUCCGCCGCCGCCGCGCGGGGACGGAGGGUACGGGCGCCCUCCCAACGGCGCGCAGGACGGGAGGGUCUUCACGAGCUACAGCAUCUACAAGGGCAAGGCCGCGCUGUCAUUCGAUCCUAGGCCGCCGCUCUUCGUGCCGCUCGAUUCUGGGGCGUACAAGGUGGCCAAGGAGGGCUUCGUGCUGCUGCAGUUCGCGCCCGCCGUGGCCACACGACAGUACGACUGGACGCGCAAGCAGGUGUUCUCGUUAUCUGUGUGGGAGAUAGGAACCCUGCUUACUCUUGGUCCAACAGAUUCAUGCGAGUUCUUUCAUGACCCUUUCAAGGGGCGGAGCGAAGAAGGUAAAGUGCGUAAGGUUCUAAAAAUUGAGCCAACACCAGAUGGCAAUGGUCGCUUUUUCAACCUCAGUGUCCAGAAUCGGCUUAUCAACGUUGAUGAGAGCAUUUACAUCCCUAUAACCAAGGGAGAGUUUGCUGUCAUUGUAUCAACUUUCAAUUACAUCAUACCGCACCUCAUGGGCUGGAGCACAUUUGUAAGUUCAAUCAAACCCGAGGAGUCACGGCCAUACAGCAGGCCGCAGUCCACGUCUGAGUACGAAUGGCGAAGGUGAUGUGUUGAUGAACUACAGCAAAAUGGCUGAGACCCACACUGAAGGGAUGAGAUUAUUGGUAUUGUUUGGCUGGGUAAUCUCAGAUGUGGUUAGUUGAUGGAUGCCUUUUUGGGGUACUCCUUUUGUUUCCUUUCUAGUUCAGCAGGCAGGUAGCACUACUUGUAUCCAGAGUUUCACGGGGCGGUUGGGGAGGGGGCAUAUUUUGGGCAGCAAACCUCAGUUCUGACAUGGAAUGACGCAGUCACGCAGCAGGGGCGGUUGUGAAUCUGCUCCGUAAGGCCGUGACUCCAGUGAUAGCGGGACGCAGCUGACAGAUGUUUGGGUUGCUGGGGAAGGGUUGGCCUGAAAUUGUUGCUUGCAUACACGAGAUUAUUGUGUACAUGUAGUCUGCGACUCUGCGUUACCCCCUUGAUGAAUGUCCGCCCUGUGGAACUGUGGUGUUUUUGCUGAUGAUUUUGCUGAAUUCAAAAGCUUAAACCA